GUGCACACGCUUCUGGUGGAGGGCGCUCCCGAUGCGCAUUGGCGCUUUACGCAACGGGGGGAAAAUAAUUAUACAAAUCAUCGGCAGAUCAUGGGAUGUGUGGCAAAGUACACAAUGGGGCCGAAGGGUCCACCGAACGAAGGGGGGGUGGGGUGUACCUUGUACCGAAUUUUGCGCAAAUGGUUAAUAUUGUGGCGCGAAUGGAGCGCAAAAGGAUUGUUUAUAAUAUGCAUUAAUUUAAUUGGCACUGUAAAAACCCACACGCUUUGCCUGGGGGCCGUUCCAGUUCCAUGUGGCAAGCACACAGCGCGCGCAGCCGUCCUUGUUCCUCCCCCUUGGGGUGCGUAAUCUAAACAAGCGACGUGCAUAAUCGACCGCGGCUGCGUCUAUAGCAGCACCGAGGCUUAAAUGCUGCAGCAAUUACGCAAUCGAAUGUUCCUCCUUCUGCGUUGCGUCACGCGUGGAACACAACCUUUUCUUUCCCUCUCACUCUCUCUCUCUCUCUGACCUGUGCUGGCUGCACACAGGAGUGUAUUUACUUAUAAGGAGGUUAGAGGGGAGGAGGAGACGAUGUUCUUUUAAAGCAAAACAUCUUGCGAUAUUGGUAUUGCUGAAAGGUUACAUACUCCAGCGUGAAGAAUCUUAGACUCGCAAAAAAAAGAAAAAAGCUCAACUAGGAAGAGUGAUUUUAUUUUUUAAAUUAGGAUUCUAUUUUUAAUCAAUUUUGCGUGCUUAAGAAAGAAAUUUGCGAUGUGCAAAGCUGUUAAAAAAAUAAAUCAAAAUUAUUUUAAUUUUUAUAACUAGAGUUUGCAUAACUUCAGGCGCUUAUUACCACGCCAAAAUAUAAAUCAAUUUGAAAAACAAAUUUGUACAUUAUUUUUAUUAAAUUACAUUGCUCAUUUUCCGCCCCAUCAUCAAAUGGGCCAUUUUGUUUACUCCGCAAUCCGUUCACUUCUCUAUUUCUCUGCGUUCUCAGUUGGCAAACAAACAAAAACUCAACCCGAAAAAGAUGUGCUUUUGCGCAUGAAGUGUUCGCGUGUAGCCAUGCCGCCCGGGCCCCAACCCGUGAUCACACUUUCCGGCCGGUUGGGGGGCGGCUGGGGCAAGGUCACAAUCUCGCUUGUGACCACCACCGCAGAGGAGGUCUCUCUUUCGCUCCCCGCCAAGCGCGCUCCUUCCUUCGAUGGGUUGCGACUCUUUAUGGGCAUCUUGAUCGGGGGGCCCAAGAAAACACCGUGCUGCGAGCUGCUUUCCGCUCGGAUCGUGAAGUUUGCAAUGGUUUGUUUCAUCGGCUCUUGCGAGCAAUAGGUGGGAGGGUAACGACGACCGACCGGUUUUUCGGUUGCAUGGACCGUCGAGAUCGUUUUCAAACGAUCCUCGUCCACGGGAACCUGUUCGAUCGCGACUUUGCACACACAGCCGCACAGCAUAUGCACCAAAGGGGAUGAUGUGUACGAUGGUGUGCAAUCGAGCAUAAAUGUGUGUAUCUUCCCCUCGUGGUUGGUGGUUGUUCCGGGGUUGAGAGCGAAAACGCGUCCGUGUGGGAACGCGGGUGGAUCGACGUGUAUGUUGUUCCCCUUGAUUGGUCGUCCGGAACCACUCGCCAACCCGAACCCGUGCACUGGGAAACGAUUGUGUCAACUUGGGUUGGGACGGGUUGCCCGGAGUGGUUAGAGAGCAACAAAUGGUCCAACUACAAUUGGAAACCGGGCGCGCGCGCUCGCUCUGUGUUUGAACUUGAACUGGCCACCCCGAUGGAUGGCGGUGGGACGCUACAAAGACACUCCAUUAGCUGUGUCACAAACGGUUUUUGUUGUUGUGUGUGUGACAAAACUGUGUCCGACAGUUCGUUAAGGUUUGCUGCGCAUUAUUGUUGUGGCCAGCGGCUUUCGGUCUCGAUUAAUUGGGUGGCGCAUUUUUACAAAUAACGAAAUUAAUUAUACAUCUAGAGUGACACGAUUUUUUUGAAGCAGUUUAUUGUGUUUAAAAGUAACAGUCUACAAACAUUUGUCAUUUUUCAAAGUUAAACUCCACUAAUUGAUUGCUCGAUUGCCGUUUUGAUGAACGGUUUGCGAAUGUGUUUGAAAAAUUCCACCUAAACAAACAAUGGACUGCUGGCAUUCUUCUUGUAGGUUCACACAAUUAAAAAGGAAUUUUGCUUAGAUUUGGCAGUGCUUUGAGCGAAGUAUCUUCCUGUGAUUAACAAUUCAGCUGAAAAGACACUGCUUCUGCAAAAGGUCAUUUCAGUAAGAGCAAAACCGAAGAAGAUAUUAAAAAUGAGGAAAUAAUUUAACUUUGAAAACCUUCAGCAAAAGGUCAUGACUUUUGAUUCACCGUUGGAUGUGCCCAAAAAGUGACCAAAAAUUAUGGGUUUCUCCUUCUACUCAAAAGUCUCUUUUUUUCAGGCAAUCUUCCCCUUUUGGAGGGAGUUAAAUGCACGCUCAGAACAUGGUUUAUUGAGCUUUAAGCAAUGUACAAUCGAGGCACCACUUUUGCAUGUCGUUGCCGUGGCCACGCAAGUGGCAAAAGGGGAAAGUUACAUCACGAUCACUGCUGACCACACAGUGCCGUCUCCGUCUUUGUAAUCAAACCCGCGCACAAUACACUUUCACCAUUGACCCCUUGUGGCAAGCACCAGCAGCAGCAGCGGCGUAUAGUGCAGACAUUAACAUAGCUUCUGCUGUUCGGUCGGAUCGCCCGGAACGGAACCGGAAUAAAACAUUCCAACCGACCCGGAUAUGCAAUGUGACCCUUUCCCCUGGCACAAAAGCCGGCGAGGAAUGUUUUAAUCGACAAAACGACGAUGGUUUUUUUUCUGCUGCCGUUUUCAUGGCCUAAACAGCAUUUGGAAGGUGUUAAAAAGAGAUGGGAUGAAAUUAUCCAACGGAAUUGGGGUUAUUACACCUGAGAAGGGUUUGAAUAGUUUUCCGUUUCCUCGGUCCUGCUUGACGUUGAGCUUUCGGUUGUCGGCGACGAAGGGCUUGCUCUCCGUACCUCCGAAUCACUUUCCCUUUUUUGCUGACGCCUAAACACUAGACUCCUUCUGCCACGGGUUCGUCGCUUGUACGUUUCUAGGCAUACAAAGCGAGAUCAAGAUCGUGCACCACGGCGAUGAUGUCUGCAAUUUGUCGCAGCUACCCUCCGCCCCUGUUAAGUACAGAUGUGGAGGGGGGGGGAGGCUUGGGGUAGCAUUUGAAACCAUCAUCCCGUACCCGUAAGCCGCCCCGGGCCAUUUUCCAUUCACCGGGAAAUGGUGAAUUAAUGGUGUGCAGCGAAACGACUCCCCACAAAUGCACCAAUGACAAUCGACGAUGAUCGUCGCCUGUGGGCUUUUCUUCUGCACCAAUCUCCCUCUAAUGCCAUCGCUCCCUUCGCCCGGGCCAUUCGUCAUGACUGCUUUCCAGCUUUUCCAGUCAAACCAAACCACACAAAAAAGUUUGACGCCGAGUUAGGAGUGAAGGAGAAAGUAGCCGCGUGUGUGUGUGUGUGCGUGGCAUCAUCAGCGCUCAGUUCAGCUGCAAUAAUGCCAUCGCCAUUCGUGUCGCUUGCUGCCACCGCGUGCCUAGUGUCGGAUGUCAUCAUUCAAAGCUCGCUUGCUUCCUUGUGCGCCGCUGCUGUGGAGUGAAGAAAGCUUUUCCCAUUUUUGGGGGAAAAGUAACCAGUGUCGUUGACAAUUGCGCUACGACGCAGUUGGAAGUAGCAGCAAGUUUGUAACUCUUUUCUUUGUACCUGUACACCCCGGAGAAGAAGGUGUCCGUUCGCCUUUUUUUUUUGGUGGCGUUGAUGGCGGUUACACUACUUGCGCCAUAAAACACUCAGCUACAGCUCUUUCCUAUCUUGAACAUGUCCGGUCCGGCGUGCUGCAUGUGUCCAAAUGUGGCCCCACAGUUACGUAAACGGAUAUGAGGGCUCAUCAACACCGAACGCCGCCGCUCCAUCUCCUUUCGUGCGGGGUAUCACGUGCAUAUCAACUCUACCAACGCCACUGCUGCUGAAUCGGAAGCGUUUAGUUGCGUACAUGACACUGUUUCACUUUCCAUUUCGAUUAAUUACCGAGCGUAAAUGGACCCAGGGGGUGGUGAAGGCGAUAGUAAUAGUAGCAGUAGUAGUAGUAGUUGUAGUAGUCGACGAAGCUCUGUUCGGUUGGGGUAUUAGUCCAUUUGCGCUGUUGAGCGAUGACGGGGGGAGAGAUAAUGAUAGGCUGUCCAAAUAAUGCGACGCUACAUUUCUCAUCCGGUUGUUGGCGGAACACAUUGAGGUUUGACUUGUGGUGGGUUGGGUACUGAUACCCGUCAGCUGAUUCCGUGUAAUCGUGCGUGCGUACGUGCCCUCUUGGCGAGGAGUUGAAGUCGUGCAAUUAGAAUUAGCCAUUAGGAAGCGAAACACCCGCUCAUCGAGGCAAACGGAAGAAUUUGAAGGUCUUCCUAUUUUAUAGUCGAUGUCUUUGGCCGGCAGGGGUCGACAAAGUCCGGUGGGUGAUAAGUAUUUUGCAACUCGAUUGUUCUUGCUUCUUAAACAGUAAAGUUAUGAUGACUACUUUUGCAGGACAACAGUUUUUCAAUUAAAUCUUCAUUUAAGAGGAUUUCGAGAGGACAGAUGACGUGCAAAAAUGUUAUAGAAUGAAAUUUCUCGCAAAAGCAGUAAACAGGCUUGUAGAGAAAAGAAACUCAUGAAUCUUCCAUUGUAAUUUGCAAGAUUAGUGAAACUAACUUCUUAGUAAUAAUAGCUCUCGCAAAUAACUCUUCCGGUGGUGUUUUUCAUUAGCUAAAGCCAGAAGUGUACUAAAGAUGCCAUUUUUGUUUAACAAUGCUAAAUAAUCUUAUGGGAAUAAAAGUUCCUUUUUCAAAAAUGCACCUUAGGCUCUUCAUUUCUUUCAAUCUGAUUCUUUUUCUGAAAAAUUGUGCCGAUUCCUAUCUUGAGUGAUGCAAUUUCAAACGUUCACAGGAUGUUCGUUGCUUGAACUCUUAUCGAUAUGGUGUCAUGCGGACAUUGGAUACUUUCAAUGCUCUUCUUAUUAUCUUGAUCAAUGUCUCUUACACGGUAACCAAAUAGCGUUUUUUUCUGUGAAUUUUGUAGAAGUUCUAGCCGUUUCGACCAUCGAAUUGAUAAACAAACUGCUGAUUAAAGGUUUUAUUAUAGUCGUAACAAAAUUGAAGGCUUUAAAAUUUGAGACAUUAAACAAAACCACGCCACGCGGAACUUCUAAUCUAGUUAACGAGUGUAAUUACUCAGCACAUAUUUGUGUUGUUAUGCCAAGCACGCUAAUCAGUUAAUCAGGCAUUAGUUCCUCCCUAUCGCUCUCGUAACUAGGUAUUCUGCAAAAUUUGUGUUCAAUAGUGUGUUUUGCGCUCUGCGUGUGGCUCCUUUUUCUCCCCCUUCAACCCAAUGAUUGAUAACCUUUUCGUGAGGGUAUCGCUUGGCACUGACUAAAAUUGCCGAAUAAGCGGCGCUAUGCUUGAAUGUUUGAAGGACUUUUGUGGAGGAGCUGCAGCAGAGCAAAGAACUUCACAAAACUUCACGAAACAACACUCCACUGGUACCAUCCGGGGCAAAUGAUGGACAAACAUGCACUGUCAAAAUUUAUAACCCAGCACUAAAGGUUGGCGUUGCUCCGGUCUUCCUAGGUCACUGGAUAGGGUGAGCAAUGCACUCGAACUUGAAGUUUCCUUGGAACUUCUGGCAAAUGCAGUACUUUUUGUUUGGUGCAGUGUUUCUCCCUUCAUGCAGACAUUUUCACCUGACGCGCGGGAUGUCAUAAUAUUUGGACACUUUUUCACAUGCAAACACAAAACGCAUAAGUUACCCACUUUCGUCGCGAUGAGUUUGAUAAUGAAAAUUGUAGCCACCGAAAAUGGUGGAUUCGUUUGCAAUCUUUCCUUUAGGUGAGGUGCGUCCGUAAGCUUGAGACGUUGUUUUGUUACUGGAGCGGUGGCACAAGCCAAAAAGAAGACACCUAUGCCUCCUUGCUCGCUGUCCGAAAGUGUUUUACUACACUCGCAAAGGGUGUUGUGCGGGAAUUCCACGACAGGUCCGUUACUGAUCGUGUACAACGCUUCCCUUGCGCAGUUUCUGUUAUCUAGCACGCACCAGCUACGGUGGCGUACGCGCCCAAUGUUUUGCAGGCUCUUAUCACGCCCCGAAAUGAAAAUGUUUUUAGUGAGUAUAUACAAACAUGAGAGUUAUCACAUAAUCGUGGUUGUAAGGUUUUUCGUGAGUUUUGCGCAAAAUGCACGAAGGAUGCAGAGAUUUUGAUAUAAAGUGAAAUGUUGACCCUGGUUAGUGGUCAGAGUUCGUUGAAGUUGCAGUCACAAUGGAGUCCAAUGUCUGGAUGUCGCGUUCGUUUCACCUGCUGCUAGUGCUGGUCUGUAGUCUAGCCAGUCUGGCAUCAGCCCGCCAUGCCUACGGUCCAAAAUGUUGUCCACCGAAUGAGGUACUGCUAUGGUGUCCACCCGUCUGUGAACCAACCUGCGACAACGACUGUGUGCCCACGCCGAGCGGAGUUCCAAUGGAAACCUGCGUCUGCAAACCAGGCUUCGUCCGACAUCAGGGUCGCUGUAUUGAGAAGUGCGAAUGUCCGGCACCGUGCCCACCACCAACGGAACCUCCAACAGAGUGUCCUCCAGUGGAGAUGACUCCAAAACCCUGUGGCCGUACGUUUUACGGCGUGAGCCGCAAUGAAGAGGUCGUACCAUCGUCGUUCAAACCUGUACCGUACUUCCAACAGACUGCACACUAUUCCUCCCAACCACGUCCAUUCGUACAUCCUAGCCCGUACUCCAUGAUGUCUCAGUCGCAGAACCUUUCGCAAAGCUCCAACUAUCUCUACCGGCCGGUGCGACCGUGUCCACCGAAAAGGGACCCCCCAACCACGGUAUCACCGUUCGACGUGUGUCCACCGAACGAGAUACAGCAGCCAUCGCCGAUCUGCUGUGAGGAGACGUGCACGACCAACUGUGCCGCUGUGCUCUGUCCGGCUCAGCCUCCGACGGGUCCGCUGGUGUGUACCUGCGACAGUGGCUUCGUGCGGCACGAGGGUCGCUGUAUCAAGCGGGAGGAGUGUCCGGUACAGGAGCCGGUGAAGGUGUGCGGUCCAAACGCCCGGUACAGCCCCUGCACGCCCUGCUGCCAGCCGACGUGUGACAACGACUGUAGCAAGAUCUUCUGCAUCGCAGCCUGCACAGGCCCACCGACUUGUGUCUGCAACGAGGGCUACGUACUGCACAAGGGCCGCUGCAUACUGCCGUCCGAGUGUCCCGGCAAGUGCCCACCAGCUACGGAAGCACCACCACCACGUCCGUGCCACUAUCCCGAGAGUGUUCCGCGAAAGUGUCACCCACCGACGACGGCAGCUCCUCCCUGUCAGGUGCACCAUUACACCGAGAGUCCUCGCAAGUGUCCCGCGAGUACUCCAGCUCCGUCCUACGGCUCCGUCUAUUACCCACAUAGGACGUGCCCGCCGGCCUGUCCGCCCGGCGCCAGUUUGCGUCCCUUUAAACCGUGCUGCGUGGACACGUGCACAACCGACUGUCGUGUGGUGCGGUGUGCGGAAAGUUAUACCGGACCUCCGACCUGUGUGUGUGAUUACGGGCUGGUGAUGCACAAAAACCGGUGUAUUCCACGGGAACACUGUCCAAGCACGAGCGAGCCGACCUAUGGCGGCGGUGGUGGUAGCUACGCCAAUGCUUACCCAUUUUUGAUGGAUUGAUGAAGACUUUAUUUAUAAUAAAUUAUUAUUCUUUUUGGAGAAAAAUGUAGAAAGUAACAAAUUGUUGGUGUGCCUUAUUUGGUAAAUAUAUUGCUUGCAGAGAGAGAUGGUCUUUUAUUUUGCUGAGCUAUAACGCAAUAGUGAGGUUAUAACGCAAUAGUGAUGAUAAUAAACGCUCUGCUUGAGUUAUUUCAGCUUGAAUAUGUUGAAGUUGCAAGUUAACUCACUAUCUAAGAGUUGUGAAAAAGUACUGCGAGUGAGUUGCUAGUCGUCGAUGAGUUCACUCAUCAAGAUAGCACGCAUCAAAGAAUUAUUUAACUUGAUUUGAAGAUUUGAUUCGUUGUUGGGAGAGUUGCUAGUCAACGUAAAGAGUUAAAUCAUUCAAGGAGAUCUACCUCGCUUAUACCGUGUAUGUAUAUAACUGUGAGAGAGUUGAUUUAUGGUUUGAUGAGUCAACUCGCAUAAAUUCUCAAAUAAGCGAUUUAGCUCA